ACCAAUUUAGUUGAUCCCGAAUUUGCAUAUUUGCGUUAUAUUAACCCAGAAAAAUCACGAAAUGGGUGCCCAGGCGAUUUUAAAAAUAGUGGUGUGCCUUUUGGUUACAACUUCAAGCCUAGCUGCUGAUACCGAUUGCCCGCCUUUGGAUGAUGCCGACAAUCUUUCGCAGACGCAAUUAAUUGAGCGACUCACACAUGGUUGCCGCUACGAUCGCCUGGAGCGACCAGUUAGCUAUACUGAAUCAGGAGGUGCCCGCCUACCAAUCGAUGUUUAUGUGCGCGCUUAUAUAUACUUUAUGCAAAAUUUGGAGGCACAUGAUUUGCAAUUUAAAAUACAUGUGCUGCUCCAGUUGCGUUUUAUAGAUCCACGGUUAAUGUUUCGCAAAGUAGCACCUAAACGAAGGCAACCCAUUUUGGGUGAAAAGCAAUUACGCGACACGCUCUGGAUGCCACAUAUAUUUCUGGCAAAUGAAAGGGAUUCAAGUCUGCUAGGCACCAAUGAAAAGGAUAUAUUGACUUCAAUUUCGCCCGAUGGCACUGUAAUAAUAUCAUCGCGCGUAAAAGCAACUCUUUACUGCUGGAUGAAUCUGCAGAAAUUCCCUUUUGACGAACAACAAUGUAGUACUAUACUAGAGAGUUGGAUGUACAAUACCUCUGAACUCGUGUUGCAUUGGGAGCAAAAGCGGCCAAUUACAUUUGAUCCGGCAUUACACUUGACUGAAUAUGUGCUGAACGGUGUCUGGUCCAAUGAAACAGUUGUCAAUGCAGAUUUGAAUGAUUUACGACAUGGCGCUUUUGCUGGAAAUUAUAGUUCACUUAGCUUUUCGGUGCAUUUUACGCGUGAAGUUGGCUUCUAUGUAAUGGAUUACUUUUUGCCGUCAAUGUUAAUUGUAGCCAUUUCGUGGGUAUCAUUUUGGUUACAAGCUGAUCAAGCACCUCCACGCAUUAUGCUUGGCACUAGCACUAUGUUAACUUUCAUUACACUGGCGUCAGCGCAAGGUAAAACUUUACCAAAAGUUAGCUACAUAAAGGUCUCCGAAGUGUGGUUUCUUGGUUGUACACUUUUCAUUUUCGGCAGUCUUAUAGAAUUUGCAUUUGUAAACACUAUUUGGCGACGUAAACGCAAUGUGGAUGUGAAGAAAAUGAGUAGCAAGCAUAUACUUAAGUCAACAUUAUCGCCGCGCGCUUCACGUCGUCCCACAGGUCGUUCACGUUCAUUCUGUGUUGCGCCUGGUGCUAAUCAAGCAUCCAAUGAUCCAACCGCAUUUAAUAAUUAUCUAACCGUACAUAAUAUACCAAUACAUACCAUACAUGAGAAUGAAGCAUUGGAUAACAUAUCGAAAAUUACGAGUUUCAGUGGCACUACAACAAAUACUUGCGAUUCAAUGCCUUAUAGCAAGCGUGAUUUAAUCAAUAUGGAAUCUGGUNGUGCAGGCCAAAAUAACGGUUGGACUACACUAACUCCUCAAGAAAUAUCCAUGUGGAUCGAUAAGAAGGCACGUUGCUUAUUUCCGCUGGCUUUUCUUGCUUUCAACAUAUUCUUUUGGACGUUUGUCUAUGUGGUGUAAUGCGGCAGAGGUUACAGAAUUCGUAGAUGUAUUCAUUGGCGCUCAUUUGCAGGUGCGUGCUAAAAGACUAUAUUGCCUAUAUUAAACUUCUUUUCACUCAUUUAUUUUACUGAUGCUAUGAUUGAGUUUUAGCGGACAUUGUUUACUAUGAGUUACAUAAACUUCUAGUGGUUGGUACAUAUCUGUAUAUUUAAGCAAUUGUGAUUUUAAUGCAUUUGAAGAACGUUGUGAUGUUAGUUGUUGACUUGAUUUUUAAAUUUUAAUGUAAAAGAUAUGAUACAAUUUUAUUUAGUUUCAUGUAAAAGCCUGUAUUAAUUAAAAGCAUUGUUAACUGGGUUUUUAUGCCAUAACAGUCGCACCUAAA